AUGGACCGGCGCUACUACCGGUCCGUCCCCGACUAUACUGAGCGCGAGCACGACAGGCAUGGCGCGCCCGCCCGCGACACCAGCGACGAGCUCGAGCAAGUGAUUGCGUCUCUCCGAGCUUCUCUUCUCCCUCCCGAGCCAGAACCGGACGACCAUGACGGUGACCACGCCGCGCCCGAGGACGACGGCGAUGAUUUUCCUCGCACUCACGCCGAGCUCUACGAAGAGAUCGAAGCUUACCUCGCCCCUCGCCGCGCUAUUGCCGACAUGCAGCCGGAGGUCGUGGCCAUCCAAACCGCUUUCGGCCCCCGCGAGAACAUCAACCUGCCCCUCGACCAAUACAUCGCCAUGCACGGGACCUCGCGCCAACCUCUCCAUGAUAACCAGGCAAACCGCCCCGCCCAGCACCAGCCUUUUAACUUCCGGUCUACCGUCGCCAUCCGCCACGUCACGGAGCGACCGUCGCGGCACCACUAUCCGACGGGAGGCCUACGCGGCCGCUACUUGCGCGACGGGCAGCGCCUCAACGAGCGUGCCCAAGAGAACGAGCGCGACAGUGAGUGGAUGCACGACUCUUACGACAUGCCCCACCAAAACAGCCGCGACAUUCCUCCGCCCUACACGAGCACCCACUCUGUCCCUCCUGCCCCAUCUCCCACCCCCUCUCCCGAGCCCGAGGCCGCCGACCCUGAGCCCGAGCAGGAGCUUGCCCCCGUGGUCGACCAGGUUGAGUGGAUGCGCAACCUUCUCCGUCACUGCCGUGAGGAGCUAGACGACCUCCGGGAGCUCAAUGCCCAAACGGAGGAGGCCCAUGCCGACGCCGUCGAGCGAUACCGUCGAGCGGAGGAGCGGACGCGUCGCGCUGAAGACCGAACCCGCCGACUGGAGGAGCGCUACCGUCUUCUCGAGGAGCACUACGACCAGGCCGUGGACCGCUACGAAGCUGCGGCGAAGAGCAACAGUCAAAACCUUCUCUUGGCCCAACGCUCAGCAGAGUCUGCUCUCCGGCUUCAAAACAUCCUCGAGGAGCUCCUCUCUGCUGGAGGCAUUAACACCGAGGACAGCGAUGAUGACGAGGCCAAGUCGGCUGGAGAUGCUUACUACGAAUGGCAUUCAUGCGCUUAUGUAUACAACCUUGUUACGAUGAGUUGCCGACUUCAGUGUCUGUCCGUGUGUACUAUGAUUGUCCAGAUCAGCGUCGGUUCGCUUGUGAUGAUUUGA